AUGUUAGUCAUGGUGCUAAGCACAGAGGAAAGAGCCGAAAGAAGGGCUAAAGCUCUACGGCGGCUAGAAGAGACCAAAAAACGGAUCGCACAGGGUGGAACUACUGCAAAAGACUCGUCGGUUGCCCACAUACUAAGCCCGAGGCAGGGACCGUCAGUACCCACUCCCAAUGUACCAUCGACCAGCGGGCAGCGUGGCGUACAAAAGUCAGCUGCAGAUAACCGCAGCGGUAAGAGAACCAGCGGUCUGCUGGCCAAGCCAUAUAUUGAGUACGAUCUGAGCACGAUGAAGGACAGUAACGGUGGAUUCAUUGUCAACGACACCGAAGAAGCAACCCAGGGGAAAGCUACCGACGAUUGGCUGGGGAAACUAAAAGAUCUGAACCCGCCGUAUGCGCUGGAUGACCCCAAAGCACCCCAAUGCUUCGAGUGUGGCACCAGAGAGCUUGAUUUUCGCUUCUACUACGUGUUUAACAAGUGCAGAGUGUGCAAGGAGUGCAGGAACAAGCUGCCAGAAAAGUACUCACUGCUCACGAAAACCGAAUGCAAAGCAGACUAUCUGUUGACGGAACCCGAACUCAAAGAUGCAGAGCUGCUGCCCCACCUGGAGCGUCCGAAUCCCUACAAAUCAACCUACUCGAACAUGAUGUUGUAUGUUCGCUACCAAGUGGAGGAGUUCUCAUUCAAGAAAUGGGGUGGACCAGAGGGUCUUGAUGCAGAGUACGAACGGCGGGUGUCGCAAGCUAAGAUCCGCAAACGAGUCAAGUUCGAAGCCCGCCUCAAAGAGAUCAGAAACAAGACCCGUGCUCAAACCAUCACCAAGACCAACUAUACUCCCCGUCACGUUCACGAAUGGGACGAAGGGACCCCAGAGCCUGACGGAACAACCACCAAACGCUGUGCUUGCGGCAUGACCAUGAACGAAAUUAGCAUCUAA